AGAGUGAGACUCCAUCUCAAAAAACAAGAAAACUUUAUGAAUGCAAGAUUUUUAAAAAAUAAUUUGAACUGACAACAAAGCACAAAAACUUGCAGGAUUUCUUUCCUUCGACCUAAUUCGUAUACACCCUUAGCUCAAUGACUUUUAGAACUGCAUGUCUUGCCUUUAUUUCCCUCCCGAACUUACAUAUUUCUGAGCCCCUACCCUUUUUAAGUCUGCUUUAUGAAUGCAAGAUAUUUUUAUAUUUUAUAUUGUUUAUUUUUUGUUUGUUUGUUUUUUAUAUUUUGAAUUGCAAACAAGGCACAAACCUGCAGGUCUUGUCUAUGUCCUCCAAAUCACAGGCACUGCCAAGAACAUAGUGAUUGUUGGGGGGGAUUUAAAGGAAUAAAUUUCCUUUAUUGGCUUUAUUGGUAUACUUGGACAAUAAAAGUCACGUGAACAAUGUCAAACGUAAAGUUUAAAUCAUUUUUGUUCAUGGAGAUUAGUUUUUUUAGCUCUUUUUACAUCUUAAUCUCCCCAGAAUCACAUAUUUAGAUGUGAACAUUUUGCCAAAAGAGGGCAGUAUUCGCCUACAGUAGAAUGUAAAGGGACUGAAAAAUUUCUGCAGAGAGAAGGAUGAACUUAUUUUCCUCCUGACAUUGGUCUACUAGUCUGAUCAUCUGGGAUUGACCAUGCAAGUUUUAAUUUGUUUUCUAUUACCUUUAUGUAUUUAAAACAUUUUUGUUUGAAAAUGUUAGUCUUUAAAGAUAAAGCCAAAAAUCUGUUUUAAAAUACCUUCUUACAGAAUGACCAAAAAGUAGAUGUUUCCAUAUUUAUUAAGUUUUCACACACAUCGGCAACGAGGGGCUGCUCACUUCUGGGAAACAUGACCAGUUCAAACUGCUGAUGAAAAGUCUGCAGCCAGCAGGGCCACUGCUGCCAGCGUGUCCUGAGGGAGCUCACACCUGUUUGACUUUACAUAUACAUACUUAGGUUUGUCCAUCAGUUGUCUCCUCUUCAAGGAGGUAUGUGAGUUCGUGGUUUUAAGCAUAUAAAUUAAAAUGUUAAAUAUUAAAAGAAGAAAUCAGAAGUAGCCCGUUUGAGUCUUACAUGAGUGAAAUGUGUUGAGUUUCAGAAGCAGAAUAUAUUGAAGGAAAUGAAACCUUUUUUUUUUUUAAAAAGAGCAUAGUUUGGAAUAAGGAAAGAAUAUAUGCACUUAGAUGAACGGAUUAGAACUCUGCCUGCCCUUUAGGGUUUGGUAAUGUUACCAGAUAAAAAAGAAGAAAAGCUGUUCUGCAUUGUUUGAAUACAUUAUUAAUCAACUUGGGGCUUCAAAAGGACAGCUAGGGGCCAAGAGACUGGGGUUUUCAUCAAAUGUGCAGUGGAAGCAACUUUGGGAAAGUUUGUUUUCAUUAUGCUGCCUAAAACACAUGGUGUUUUAGAAAGAGGCUUUUGCAUUGACAAGCUUCUCAGUCCUCGCCUCUGGGAGUCUAGUGCCUCCUAGAGCCCCUUGUGCCCUCAGCCCUGUAAUGUGAUAUCCCUCCUCCUGGAUUGGUCAGAGGGGUGUCCUUUCCCUGGGAGCCGCUUUCCACCACUGCUCCCAAACUUGGCUCAGCCCAACAGCCACCAUCACCACCACAGCGGUUGCUGCUGCAGCUGCAGCUGCUGCUGUCCCUCCGGCUGCUGCUUCGCGUGGCCAGCAGUGAAUGGAGCGAUGGAGCCCAGACUGUUGUGCUGGACCACUCUCUUUCUCCUGGCCAGAUGGUGCCUGCCAGGGUUGCCUUGCCCCAGCCGGUGCCUUUGCUUUAAGAGCACCGUCCGCUGCAUGCACUUGAUGCUGGACCACAUUCCUCAGAUACCACAGCAGACCACAGUUCUAGACUUGAGGUUUAACAGAAUAAGAGAAAUUCCAGGGAGCGCCUUCAAGAAACUCAAGAAUUUGAACACUCUUCUGCUGAACAACAAUCACAUCAGAAAGAUUUCCAGAAGUGCUUUUGAAGGACUUGAAAAUUUGCAAUAUCUGUACCUAUACAAGAAUGAAAUCCAUGUACUAGAUAAGCAAACAUUUAAAGGACUCAUAUCUUUGGAACAUCUGUACAUUCAUUUCAACCAACUAGAAACGCUACAGCCAGAGACCUUUGGAGACCUUCCGAAAUUAGAGCGACUAUUUUUGCAUAACAACAAAUUAUCUAAAAUCCCGGCUGGGAGCUUUUCUAAUCUGGAUUCAUUAAAAAGAUUGCGUCUGGAUUCCAAUGUCCUGGUUUGUGACUGUGAUCUGAUGUGGCUGGGGGAGCUUUUACAAGGCUUUGCCCAACAGGGCCACACCCAGGCUGCGGCUACAUGUGAAUAUCCCAGGAGACUCCAAGGACGUGCAGUUGCUUCAGUAACAGUAGAGGAAUUCAAUUGCCAGAGCCCCCGAAUUACUUUUGAGCCCCAAGAUGUGGAGGUACCAUCAGGAAAUACUGUCUAUUUCACCUGUCGGGCAGAAGGAAACCCCAAACCUGAGAUUAUUUGGAUACACAACAAUCAUUCAUUGGAUUUGGAAGAUGAUACUCGACUUAAUAUGUUUGAUGAUGGCACACUCAUGAUCCAAAACACCAGAGAGUCAGACCAAGGUGUCUAUCAGUGCAUGGCCAGAAAUUCCGCUGGGGAAGCCAAGACACAGAGUGCCAUGCUCAGAUACUCCAGUCGUCCAGUCAAACCAGCCUUUGUAAUCCAGCCCCAGGACACAGAGGUUUUAAUUGGCACCAGCACAACUUUGGAAUGUAUGGCCACAGGCCACCCACACCCCCAUAUCACUUGGACCAGGGACAAUGGAUUGGAGCUGGAUGGAUCCAGGCACGUGGCAACGUCCAGUGGACUUUACUUACAGAACAUCACACAACGGGAUCAUGGUCGAUUUACCUGUCAUGCUAACAAUAGCUACGGCUCUGUUCAAGCUGCAGCAAACAUAAUUGUACAAGCUCCUCCACAAUUUACAGUAGCCCCCAAGGAUCAAGUGGUGCUGGAAGAACAUGCUGUAGAGUGGCUCUGUGAAGCUGACGGCAACCCACCUCCUGUAAUUGUCUGGACAAAAACAGGAGGGCAGCUCCCUGUGGAAGGCCGGCAUACAGUUCUCUCCUCUGGCACUUUGAGAAUUGACCAUGCAGCACAGCAUGAUCAAGGCCAAUAUGAAUGUCAAGCAGUCAGUUCAUUGGGGGUGAAAAAAGUGUCUGUGCAGCUGACUGUAAAACCCAAAGGAGCUUGGCUGAAAAGGAAAGAGAAUGAGACUAGAAGAUUGUUGGUCACCAGGAAAGAAGCAGAUCGCCUUCCAAGUCUAGCUCUUGCAGUGUUUACUCAACGUCCUCAGGAUACAAGUGUCGAGGUUGGAAAGAAUAUAAACAUUUCAUGUCAUGCUCAAGGAGAACCACAGCCCAUAAUUACUUGGAAUAAGGAAGGUGUGCAGAUAACUGAGAGUGGUAAAUUCCACGUGGAUGGUGAAGGCACGCUGACUAUCUACGACGCAGGGUUCCCUGACCAGGGAAGAUACGAUUGUGUGGCUCGGAAUUCAUUUGGCCUUGUUGUGACCAACAUGUUUCUUACAGUCACUGCUCUACAGGGUAGACAAGCUGGCGAUGACUUUGUUGAGUCUUCCAUUCUUGAUGCUGUACAGAGAGUUGAUAGUGCAAUUAACUCCACACGAAGACAUUUAUUUUCACAAAAACCUCACACCUCCAGUGACCUGCUGGCUCAGUUUCAUUACCCGCGUGACCCACUGAUUGUGGAAACGGCAAGAGCAGGGGAGAUUUUUGAGCACACGCUGCAGCUGAUACGGGAACGUGCGAAGCAGGGACUCACUGUGGACUUGGAAGGCAAAGAAUUCCGGUACAAUGACUUGGUGUCCCCGCGCUCCCUCGGCCUCAUCGCCAGUUUAUCUGGAUGCACAGCUCGCAGGCCUCUGCCAAACUGCUCCCACCCAUGUUUCCACAGAAAGUACCGCGCCCACGACGGCACGUGCAACAACCUGCAGCAGCCCACGUGGGGCGCUGCGCUGACCGCCUUCGCGCGCCUGCUGCAACCCGCCUACCAGGAUGGCAUCCGCUCGCCCCGCGGGCUCGGCCUUCCCGUGGGCUCCCGCCAGCCCCUCCCGCCGCCCCGGCUGGUCGCCACAGUGUGGGCGCGCGCGGCGGCCGUCACCCCCAACCACAGCUACACACGUAUGCUUAUGCACUGGGGCUGGUUUCUAGAGCACGACUUGGACCACACAGUGCCCGCGCUGAGCACAGCCCGCUUCUUGGAUGGGCGGCCGUGCAGCUCCGUCUGCACCAACGACCCUCCGUGCUUCCCCAUGAACUCCCGGCACGCCAACCCCCGGGGCACCCACGCGCCCUGCAUGCUCUUCGCGCGCUCCAGCCCCGCGUGUGCCAGCGGCCGACCCUCUGCGAAGGUGGGUUCAGUCUAUGCACGAGAGCAGAUCAACCAGCAAACAGCCUACAUCGAUGGCUCCAACGUUUACGGGAGCUCGGAGCGGGAAUCCCAGGCUCUCAGAGACCCUUCCGUGCUUCGGGGACUCCUGAGGACAGGCUUGCCUUGGCCUCCUUCGGGAAAGCACUUAUUGCCCUUUUCUACAGACCCACCCACUGGGUGCGAGCGACAGGAGCAGGACAGCCUCUGUUUCCUGGCCGGGGACCACCGGGCCAACGAGCAUCUGACUCUGACCGCCAUGCACACCCUGUGGUUCCGGGAACACAACAGGGUGGCCAGGGAGCUGUCCGCCCUAAACCCCCACUGGGAUGGAGACACGGUUUACCAGGAAGCCAGGAAGAUCGUAGGUGCGGAGCUGCAGCACAUCACCUACAGCCACUGGCUGCCUAAGGUCCUGGGGGACCCUGGCACUAGGAUGCUGAGGGGUUACCGGGGCUACAACCCCAACGUGAAUGCGGGCAUCAUUAACUCUUUUGCUACUGCAGCCUUUAGAUUUGGCCACAUAUUAAUCAAUCCUAUUCUCUACCGACUGAAUGACACCUUAGGUGAAAUUUCCGAAGGCCACCUUCCGUUCAAUAAAGCGCUCUUUUCACCAUCCAGAAUAAUUAAGGAAGGUGGGAUAGACCCGGUCCUCCGGGGGCUGUUUGGCGUGGCAGCUAAAUGGCGGGCACCCUCCUACCUUCUCAGUCUUGAGCUGACCCAGAGGCUCUUCUCCGCGGCUUAUUCUGCAGCAGUGGACUCGGCUGCCACCAUCAUUCAAAGGGGUAGAGACCACGGGAUCCCACCAUAUGUUGACUUCAGAGUUUUCUGUAAUUUGACUUCAGUUAAGAACUUUGAGGAUCUUCAAAAUGAAAUUAAAGAUUCAGAGAUUAGACAAAAACUGAGAAAGUUGUACGGCUCUCCAGGUGACAUUGACCUGUGGCCUGCCCUUAUGGUUGAAGACCUGAUUCCUGGUACGAGAGUGGGACCAACACUUAUGUGCCUGUUUGUUACCCAGUUUCAGCGGCUAAGAGAUGGAGAUAGGUUCUGGUAUGAAAAUCCUGGAGUAUUUACCCCGGCACAACUCACUCAGCUGAAGCAGGCGUCCCUGGGCCGAGUGCUUUGUGACAAUGGUGACAGCAUUCAGCAAGUGCAGGCUGAUGUCUUUGUAAAGGCAGAAUACCCACAGGAUUACCUGAGCUGCAGUGAGAUCCCAAAGGUGGACCUGCGAGUGUGGCACGACUGCUGCGCAGACUGUAGGAGUAGAGGACAGUUCAGAGAAGUGACACAAGAAUCUCAAAAGAAACGCUCAGCUCCAUACAACUAUCCUGAUGAGAAAGAUAUGGAGUUAAGUCAUCUAAGAAGUAGGCAACAAGAUAAAAUAUAUGUGGGUGAAGAUGCAAGAAAUGUGACGGUUCUGGAAAAAACAAAGUUCUCCCAAGAUUUCAGCACGUUUGCAGCGGAAAUUCAGGAAACCAUCACGGCACUCAGAGAACAGAUAAACAAGCUGGAGGCACGCCUGAGGCAGGCAGGGUGUACAGAUGUUAAAGGAGUUCCAAGGAAGGCUGAGGAGCGCUGGAUGAAAGAAGACUGCACUCACUGCGUCUGUGAGAGUGGCCAGGUCACCUGUGUGGUGGAGAUUUGUCCGCCGGCUCCCUGUCCCAGUCCUGAAUUGGUAAAAGGAACCUGCUGUCCAGUUUGCAGAGACCAAGGAAUGCCAACUGAUUCCCCAGAGAAACGCUAAUAAAAGUGUUGUGCUCUUGAGCCCUGAAUGGAAAAUUUCUCAGGAAGAGACACUUAGGACUUUGGCACUUUUAACUUGUAGUCACAUCAUUGAUAUGGAAACCACUGACUUAAGCAAGUUACUUCAUUUAAUCUUACAUAUACUGAAGAUCUUUUAUUUUGUUCAUUUUCUAACACAUCUUGAAAUAAUUCAAAACUAAAAGCAAUAAAGUGCAUAGGAAAUAUUUUAUCAUGAGAAAUGUUUCUUACUGUAAGCUGUCAGUUUUAUAUACCGCAUCUGGAAAUAAAAAGAAUACCAUAGAAUAUUUAAAAAA